GUGUUUUAUUUGUGCAUGUGCAAUCUAAUCUAUAGUGUGUGUGUUUUUCUCUUCUACAGCUUUUUAGACAAGAUUGACAUCGUCAAACAGAGUGACUACUCUCCACCUGAUCAGGACCUUCUCCGAUGCAGAGUCUUGACAUCUGGGAUCUUUGAGACCAGGUUUCAGGUGGAUAAAGUCAAUUUUCACAUGUUUGAUGUCGGAGGCCAACGAGACGAGCGUAGAAAGUGGAUCCAGUGCUUUAAUGACGUCACUGCGAUCAUAUUCGUAGUCGCCAGCAGCAGCUACAACAUGGUUAUACGAGAGGACAAUCAGACCAACCGGCUGCAGGAAGCCCUCAAUCUCUUCAAGAACAUUUGGAACAACAGGUGGCUGAGGACCAUUUCUGUAAUUCUGUUCCUGAAUAAGCAGGAUUUACUGGCAGAGAAGGUUCUGGCAGGAAAAUCCAAAAUCGAGGAGUACUUUCCAGAAUUUGCUCGCUACACUACACCUGAUGAUGCAACACCAGAGCCAGGCGAGGACCCCCGAGUCACGAGGGCCAAGUAUUUCAUUCGGGACGAGUUUCUGAGAAUCAGUACAGCCAGCGGGGACGGACGGCAUUACUGCUACCCUCACUUCACAUGCGCGGUGGACACAGAAAACAUCCGCAGGGUGUUCAAUGACUGUCGGGACAUUAUUCAGCGGAUGCAUCUUCGCCAGUACGAGUUGUUGUGAUGGGGGUGGAAGGCACUUGUUUCUGUUCUUUGUGGGACUCCUUAUUCCUCAUUUAAAGUAAAUAAGACAAAACAACAAAUACGAAAAAAUAUAAUAAUAAAAAAUGACAACGAAACCGAACUAUAUUGCUGACACACCGCAGUGGAUACAGAACUGCUGUCUAUUCUGCAGACCGGACCCCCUACUCCUUCAUGAACUCACUCCCCUCUCCACACAGGUUCGGAGAGCAUCGCUUGCCUGCCCUUCCUCCUCCUCCUCCCGCCCCUCCUCAGUGCAAGGUGGCACACAAAAAAAUUACUUUAUGGCAGCCAUGCCUGUGUAUUACUCUCUGUGG